AUGGCGGCCGCAACGGUGUCCGUUUGCGCAAUCUCCCUCUCCUCCGCUGCUUUCUCUCCCCAUCCACCGAGCGCUCUGCGCCGCCCCGGACGGUUCUCUCCCCCGGUGCAUGCACCCGGUACGCACCGCCCGGGGCUCUCCGCCCCUCCCUUCGGCCGACCGACAAGUGUACGGUGCAGAGUCGCCGGCCUUGACGCUGGUGACGCCAGGCCCCCCGGGGAUGCGCGCGCGCGCGAUGAGCGGAGGGACGACGACCGCCCGGGGGGCAUCGACCUGGGCAGAAUGGACAGGGGGCGGGGUGAUGAAGGAGUGGGAGAACGGCUGGGGAGCUUGGCAGACCGGCCCGGUGCGCUGAGCCCCUUCGGAGGUGACGUCAUCCGGGUGGGCCGCCGCCACCCCGAGGUGCGCCGCGCGCGUCGGCUGCUCAAAGACACCGGCUUCCUCAGCCGAUACGCCGACGACACGGACCUGUUCGACCCCGCCAUGCGGGAAGCAGUCCGUCUCUUCCAGGAGGUAUCCGGGCUGCUGACGGACGGCGUGCUGGGCCCCACCACCAAGGACACGCUGCGCCGCGUCGCGCUCGGCGCGCCCGUCACAGACGCCGUGUCCGAUUACACGGCGACGACGCAGGCCAUCUGCGCGCUGAUGCUGGUGGGCGCGUCCCUCGUGGGCCGACUGCUGCUCGCGUCUCUGGCCAACACCAAAAGUUCUCACGAGGGCCCCUGGAGCUGCGGCUGCUGGCCCUUCAGUGAACCGGUGCGCAAGAUCAUGUACACAACCAGCGUCGCCGGCGUGGCGCUGUACACGGCGCAGCUGAUCUGCGGCCUUUGGGGCCUGCGCGACCCGAACCUCCGUGCCCUCUCCCGCGUGGCCCUGUACACGGCGCAGCUGAUCCGCGGCCUGUGGGACCUGCGCGACACGGGCCUCCCCGCGCUCGCCCGGUGGGGCGACCCGAUCUUCCGCCCCAUCCUGCUAGGGCUUCUCGCGGUCGCCGUCACCGACGACUCCCUCGCAGUGCGGCCGCGGCAGUGGGAGCGCGCGGCGAUUCACGCUCUGGGCGCGCUCGUGCGCGCGCUGCUCGCGCCGUUCCGGGCGGUCCUUGGUGUGAAUGAGCCCGAGCGGGGCUUGCGCGAGGUGGAGGAGAAGGUGGGGAGGGGGGUGCAUGAGGUGGGGGAGAAAGUGCUGGGGAAACGGGAAGGGGGAGGUAACGGAGAAGAUAAGCGGCGGGAGGGGCGCAACGAGCGCGAGAAACGGAAUGAAAACGACGAACGGCGUGGGGGUGAGAGGCGAGAUGAGGGGGAGGGGCACGAGGGGCAGGGGUUCAGAAUCGAGGGGAUGCGACGGGGGGGUGAGCAGAGACAAGGGGGGGAGGGGCGUGAUGGGGGGGGGCAAAGGGAGGGGCAGGAACGGGGGGGGCGGCAGGAGCAGAACGGACAGAACCGGGGGAUCGACGAUGCAAACAACUCUUAUUUCGGACUGAAUGACUGGGAGUAUGCCUUGCGGGCGAGCCUGUGA